AUGGUCAAUCCCAGGAACGUUCGAGGCUUUGGUGAAGUUAUUGGAAAUUUUUGGCUAGGCCUUGAUGCCCUUCAUCAACUGACGAAUAACGGAGCAACCACCCUCCGCAUAGAUUUAAAACACAAAACCGGUGAGAUUGGAUAUGCCGAGUAUAAGGGAUUUAAAGUUGGUGAUGAGGCUUCGAAGUAUCUCCUCACAUUGGGAGAAUAUUCAACUCUGGAAACCGUUGGUGAUGCAAUGACGUACAGCAAGGGGCAAAAAUUCUCUACCAAAGAUCAGGAUAACGAUAAUGCCGAAUUUCACUGUGCUGCUUGGUGGAAAGGAGGCUGGUGGCAUAACGCAUGUUUUAAAGCAAACCUUAAUAAUAACUACUAUAACAGUAUUGCCGGUGACCCAGUUGCAGAGAUGCCAAGGAGAAUGAGCUGGAACACAUGGAAGAAUGAGUUUGGCGAUAUUACUUUUUCCGAGAUGAAGCUAAGAAAGGACGAAUAG